AUGACUUCUUUAGGAGGAGCACUUUUUCACAUUUUUCUCUAUGGGCUUUUCAGUACACCAUCACACCAGUUCUUUGUCAGAUACUGCAACCUCACCAUGUUGCCCAACGACACCAUGUGUCAUGUGUCGUGCUGUGAUAUGGGCUUGAAAAUUGUUCCGCUGCCACUCCCUACUCACGUAAAGGAACUGGAUCUUUCUCGCAAUCACAUCUCAAAGAUCAAGGUGACAGACUUCAGGAACGUCUCAAAUCUAAGAGCUCUUAAUGUGUCUUACAACAACAUUUCAUGGAUAGAAGACAGCGCUUUCCAAGAUCUUGUUCACCUGCAAGCACUCUACAUGACUAGGAAUCGGCUGAAACAUAUAACCAGAGGCUUUCUACAGGGACUAGUGAGCCUCACUGUGCUGCGACUGGAUCAAAAUAAAAUUGAGGACAUUGACCCAUCAACUUUCAUUGACCUUUCCAAUUUGACACAUGUAAAUCUGGCACAUAACCGGCUCACAGUCAUGGAGUCUGUGAAGAGCAUUUUACACUUGCCAAAUCUAUUUGAGAUCAAAAUUGAAAACAACAGCAUUACUAGUUUUGUGUCUCAUAACCUUUCAACUAAACCUCUGCAACUACGGAGACUUGAUUUAUUUUCGAACCCACUGAAGACAUUUCGGAUAACAAACAACAUCCUUCCAUACCUCGGCUAUCUGGAUAUCUCCACCUAUAGCUACGUGCAUAAUGGGUCUUUGCAAUGGAUUGUGGAGGAUGCAUCUUUUCUUGGUGCAGUGGAGACACUCAAUGUGAGUGGACUUCAAACUUCAGAAAAUUUGACAGUAAAAAUUGUACAAACCUUUAAUUCAUCUCUGAAAACUCUCCAAAUCAGCGAAUUAUCAACACCAGGUUUUCAGGACUUUUUUCAAAGAACCUGCAGCCAUCUACAAACUCUAAUCUUAGAACAACCCAAUAUCCAUGUGCUAAGUGACAGCUUCUUCAAAUCAUGCCACCAAUUACGAGUAAUUCAUUUUAGAGACAGCACAACAUCUAAAAUGUCCACACUUGCAUUUGAAGGAUUGAAUCAACUCAAGACAUUGAAAGUAAGAAGUACAAAAAUUACUGAACUUAAUAACGUCACACACAUUCUCCCUUCACUGUCACUACUUGACUUUUCUAAUAACAAUAUAGAUCAUGUCACAUGUUCUGAUUUCAACAACCUAACUCUUUUGGAAAGACUUUACCUUUACGGCAAUGAAAUUAACAUGAUUAGGAAUUGUACUUUUCAGUAUCUUCCAAACCUGCAAGUGCUACUAUUGGGCUCGAAUAAACUUUUAGAUGUGAGACAAAUUUUUAAUGGUCAUCUUCCAAAACUGAUGACUUUAGAUUUGCACAGCAAUAAGAUAAGUAAACUAAAUGGGUGGACUUUCAGUGGAUUGAAUGCUCUUAAAUAUCUGCGCAUCUAUGAUAAUCAAAUAACCAGCAUAUCAAAAAAUGCUUUUGAAGGAUUGCAAAAUUUAAAAGAACUGGUCCUUAGAGCAAACCACCUUAAACAAAACACAUUUAGUGAUCCAGUAAUUUUUAAAGGUAUGUACAACCUGGAAGUGCUAAAUUUGGAUGACAAUUACAUAGAGUUUGACACUACAAAACUUCAAAAUCCACCUUUCACAAUGUUAAAGUCCCUGAAAGUCCUGCUUGUUAACAGUCAGAGGCAUGGGAUGAGUAACUUGCCUUCAAACCUACUGGCUGGCCUGAACUCAUUGAUUUCAUUUCAUGGAGAAAACCUCAACAUUCAGUACGUCCAUCCAGACACCUUCACACACACUCCCAAUCUCAAGUACCUGGACUUGAGCAAGAACGUAUUCACGACAGAAUCUUCUUUAUCUCCCGGGGUAUUUCAUCCCAUCCCUGCACUGUCAGAGCUCCAUUUAUCAAAAAAUUUACUUCCGUCAUUGACCUUUGUAAUUGAUGCAAACCUUUCUCACCUCCAAAAUCUUCAGGUGAUGAAUAAUCAACUUCAGGGAAUAAACCAGACAAUAAUCCAGUCCCUUCCCAGUUUAGAGUAUGUUGACCUCCAAAACAACACAUUCAUUUGUGACUGUAGCAAUGAAUGGUUUCUUCACUGGGCCAAACAAUCAAGACAAACCCAGGUAAUAUUCUUCAAUAAUUAUCACUGUAGCUAUCCCCCAGCCUUCAAAAACCAACACCUGGAAAACCUGAACACAAACUCCUGCACCAUAAAUAUUGAGUUCAUUUACUUUGCAGGAAGCUCCUCCCUGGUGAUUGCUACACUCAUGGUGACUUUCAUUUACAACUUCAUGCGAUUUCAGCUGGUAUAUGCAUACUACCUCUUCCUGGCUUAUCUCCAUGACCGCAAGCAGCACCGGAGACAGAAGCAACAUGGAUUCAUGUACGAUGCCUUCAUCUCCUACAACUCCCAGGAUGAACUGUGGGUGCUUAGGGAACUGCUGCCCAAUAUGGAGACCGAACAAGGUUGGAGACUGUGUUUGCACCACCGGGACUUUGAGCCAGGCAAGCCCAUCAUUGACAACAUUGUAGACGGCAUCUACAACAGCCGAAAGACAAUCUGUGUGGUGACUCGAAACUACUUGAGGAGCGAGUGGUGCUCCAGGGAGAUUCAGGUGGCCAGCUUCAGACUGUUUGAUGAGAAUAAUGAUGUGCUCAUCCUGGUCUUCCUGGAAGACAUCCCAUCACAACAGCUAUCCCCAUAUCACAGAAUGCGGAAACUGGUGAAGAAGCAAACAUACCUCUGCUGGCCCAAACCAGGGGAGGAUAGGAGCAUCUUCUGGCAAAAACUACGAAUGGCCAUGAACACCAAGAAAGACGAUGAUCCCAUCCUUUUAGGAGGGGAAUAGACUUCCUCAGAUAUUAUUAUUAAUCUUUCUGAGUAGUUAAACCAAUGUGUGAUAGGAAUGUUUGGACAACUAAAUUCUAAAGCAUGUUGUGAUCCAUAGUUGAAUGCUAUAAUCUUAUAUUGCUUUGGAGAAGAUUGUGUACUAUAGUUCAAAGCAAGAAGGUGGAAAAUGCGCGCACAUCAGUGGCACAGGUGCUGGACAAAAUAGAGCAACUGAAAUAAA